AGUAUUACAAACAAAUUUGUGGAAAUAAAAUACGGCUUACGGAGUGCUCUGUCAAUUAAAUCUCUGUUUUCUUUAUCAGCUGUUCUGUACCCAGACUAAAGCGUGGCAUAGUUGGUUUUUUCCCUGUUUUAUCCUGGUUGCCACGUUAUUCCAUAUGGGAUUAUGGCAUGCCGGAUCUCAUCUCUGGCAUUAGCGUGGGCAUCAUGCAUCUGCCACAAGGAAUGGCCUAUGCGUUGCUGGCAUCUCUGCCUCCAGUAUUUGGACUCUACACAUCCCUAUAUCCAACAUUAAUAUAUUUCAUUUUUGGUACCUCUAGACACAUUUCUAUAGGCACAUUUACUAUCCUCAGUAUUAUGAUCGGUAGCGUGACAGAGAGACUUGGUCCUGAUGCACAUUUUCUUGUUUAUAAUGGGACAAAUGUGACUGAGGAGGUGGAUAUCAUAUCAAGAGACCUCUACAGAGUACAGGUUGCAGCUGCUGCCACUGUCUUGGGAGGUCUUAUUCAGGUUGUAUUAGGCUUUUUGCAGUUUGGAUUUGUCGGCACGUAUCUUUCAGAGCCACUGGUCAGAGGUUAUACCACGGCAGCGUCUUUUCACGCCGUAGUAGCUCAGUUAAAGAACAUCCUCGGACUCUCACCAAAACGCUUCAAUGGACCUCUGUCUGUAAUCUAUACUUUAGGAGACCUGUUUCCGCUGUUGCCCAAGACUCAUAUUCCAACUCUGCUGGUCAGUGUCGUGUCCAUUGUGGUUCUCAUCACAGCAAAGGAGCUUAACAACGCACUCAGACACAAACUGCUGGUGCCUAUUCCAGUGGAACUCUGUACUAUUGUAGUGGGGACAGUUAUAUCAUUCUACACUCGACUGAAUGACAGCUAUAAAAUAUCAGUGGUUGGGGAAAUCCCAAGUGGACUUCAGCCUCCCAAAGUCCCAAAUGUCUCAAUCUUCUCUGAGGUGGUGGUGGAUGCUUUUGCCCUGGCCAUUGUGGGCUAUGCCGUAUCUAUUUCACUGGGCAAAACCUUUGGUCUCAAACAUGGUUACAAAGUAGAAAGCAACCAAGAAUUGGUGGCUUUGGGUCUCAGUAAUACGUUUGGAGGCUUUUUCCAAUGUUUUUCAGUCUGUUCUUCUAUGUCCCGAAGUCUCAUACAGGAAAGUACAGGUGGCAAGACACAGAUCGCAGGAGUUGUGUCUGGUGUGAUAGUGCUCGUGACAAUACUGAAGUUAGGCUCGCUUUUUCAAGAUCUACCUAAAGCAGUUCUUUCCGCAAUUGUCUUUGUGAAUCUGAAGGGGAUGUUCAAGCAGUACUAUGACAUAGUUACGUUGUGGCGUACCAGCAAGAUUGAUCUGUUGAUAUGGUUGGUGACAUUUGUGUCUACUGUACUCUUUAAUUUGGAUAUGGGUCUGGGUGCCUCCAUGGCUUUCGCUCUAUUGACAGUGAUCUUCAGGACUCAACGGCCUAGGUACUCAUUGCUAGGACAACUUCCUGGCACUGAGCUUUAUCUAGACAUGGAAACACACAAGGAGGUGAGGGUGGUACCUGGCAUUACCAUCUUUCGCUCCUCUGCCACCAUGUACUUUGCAAAUGCUGAACUCUACCUUGAGGCCCUUAAAAAGAAGAGUGGUCUGGACAUUGGAAAAAUGCUCACUUAUAAACGCAGACAGGAGGCCAAGCAGAGACGUCGAGAGAGGAGAGCAAAGAGAAGAGCACAAAAAGAAGCCAAAAUACAGAAAAUAGCUCUCAGGGCAGCCUCUCAGCGAUCCAAAAAUGUUGUAUUUUCAGUUGAAGAAGUGGCAGAACAGUUGAGAGAAAUGGACGAAGACACACUGAGAAACGAAGAGCCCGGUUGGAUAGAGCGAGAAAACAGUACGGUGUUUGUAAUGCCUGAGACACCACAGACAUCUGAUGGCCGUCACACCUGGAUGUACCUUAAGGGAACUGACCCUGAUACAACCACCCUUGGGUCAUUGUCAGAUCUACAUGAUGGGGACACCACCACACUGGAUUCCAGCAGUGAAGACACUUUAAGCAGAGACCUGGAAAGGGUUUCUCUUGGAUCCCUUGGGAAGUGGACUUGGGAUAUACACUCUAUCAUCUUAGAUUUCACUACUGCUAACUUCAUCGAUACAGUGGCCAUCAAAUCGCUGAAGAAUAUAAUCCAUGAUUUUGGAGAGAUUGAUGUGGAUAUCUACUUAGCAGGCUGUCAAACACUGGUGGUGGAACAGCUUGAGCGUGGUGGGUUCUUUUCUGAUGUCAUCACCGAAGGGCGUGUCUUUGCUACUGUGCAUGAUGCAGUUUUGUACUGUCUCAAGCAUCGGGGAGCUAUGACCAUCAACAACCAUGAGAGUGCUCUGGAUAUGAGUGGUACCCAUCUAUGAGAAGACUUUUGCUUUGUUCUAGUUUUAUAGGCUUAGCUGUAAAUUUCUGCAUUAAGUUUUUAAGCAUUUUGCUAAAGUUGAUGACUGAUAAUAAUAAAGUAUGAAUGUUACUGUUUGGUAUGACAAUGUUUAAGUAUGUAUGUAAAUUAAAUCAAUUAGCAUUUUUUGUUUACUAAAGGCAAUUAAUUAAUUACAACUAAAAUGUACUUUAUUUUGUGAAGGAUGAGAAUAUAUGCUGUUUUAUUUUUGACUGGUUUAGGGUUUGGGUUAGAGCAGGGUUUCCCAAUCUGGGAAAUUGCAGGGGGUUUGUGAGUUAAUGAAAAAUGUAUCAGGGUCAUUCUACAGAAACGUCCACUUUUGGCAUGGCAAGAUGUCUUAAAAUGUAUUUCUUUUUCUAACAAUUAAAAUUAGACAACAUUAUUAGAUUACUUUUUGACUUUAUAAGUACACAUAAAUGACAGCUUAAUGAUUUUUUUAUUUUUUGUGUGCAUGUACUUAAAGACUGCAUAGACAUUUUUUGUCACUGGUGUUACCUUACUUCUUUAGCAAUAUUAAAAAUUACAUUAAAAUUAUCUUCAUGUCACAUGGGAAAGAUUUUAUUUAAUGUGAAAGAACAAAAAACACCAAUGACUGGUGAUUUGUUGUGUCACUGGUGUGUUACUGAUCUUCAAUGCUGUUACCCAUAAGGAAGAUAACACCAGUGACAAUUUUCAUGAAAACAUGCAUUUUACAAAAUUUCUGCUGCAAAGCAUCAAACCAUAAUGUUGUCAAUCAUUGUAUAUUCACUAAAUUAAGUAGUUUAAUCCAUUUGUAUUCUAGUUUUUUGCAAUUCCCAAACAAUAAGGUAGGUCAUACCAGUGACUUAAACUAAAAGCUUUAUAUGAAUUAUGAGAUAAAUGAGAAGAUUUCUGAUAAAUGAAAAGAAACAGUGGAGUUAUAUGGGCGUCUCUUCAUAGAUCUCCAGGAAAUUGAAAGAAGGAAGUCAAGUGAGGUCAUCAGUGUGAUUUUGAUUUAAAAAUAAGAGCUUUUUUGUUAAACGGUAACACCAGUGACACAACUCCAGGGGACCACUACUUUCAUUAUAUAUUUUAUAAUAUUUAUUUAGCAUUUUGUCUUUUAAUGUAAUUUACAUCAUAUAUUUGAUAGUUAUGGACACAUUAUUGUAUUUUAAAUGGAAGAAAACACUGUUUUUGAUCUCAAAAUAAAGCAUUUUCCCUCUGUACAUGACUGUGGGGAUGUACACUUCUGUGGUGCUUGGAAUUCUAAUUAAUUAAUAAAAAUCAAAUAUUGCUACAUUGAUGGCUCAAGAAGGUGUUAUUGUUCAAAUAACAUAUUGUUUCAUUUUAAAAUAUAUAAAAAAUUUAACCCUAAAGGUUGUUUCAAGUGGAAUAUUUCUGUAAAGGCUAGGGACAGAAAAAUUGACAUUUCCGUAGAAUGAGCCAGCAUUACAAUUCAAUCAUAAAAUGUAAAUCAAUAAUUGUUAAAUAAAAAAAAUAUUACUAACCCAAUUUACAUUUCAUUUGUUUUAUCU